AUGUGGAGCUGGUUCGGCGGCGCUGCUGCCCAGCGCGCGAAGGACUCACCCAAGGAUGCGAUCCUCGGGCUGCGGUCGCACCUUGACAUGCUGCAGAAGCGCGAGAAGCACCUGCAGAACCAAAUAGACGAGCAGCAGAAUAUUGCACGCAAGAAUGCAAACACAAACAAGAACGUUGCCAAAGCCGCCUUACGGCGCAAGAAGACGCACGAGCAGGCCCUAGACCAGACCAUCGCGCAGAUCGGAACGCUGGAGCAGCAAAUCAACUCGAUCGAAUCGGCGAACAUCAACAGGGAGACGCUGGCGGCCAUGGAGAAGGCCAGCCAGGCCAUGAAGCAGAUUCACGGGAAACUCACGCCGGAGAAGGUGGACGAGACAAUGGAGAAACUGCGGGACCAGAACGCGCUCAGCCAAGAAAUCGUGGAUGCCAUCACGGGCGCGACAGUGGGAGAGACGGUGGACGACACGGAACUCGAGGAGGAGUUGGAGCAGAUGCAGCAGGAGCAGCUGGACGAGGCUAUCCUGAAGACCGGAAACGUGCCGGUGGCAGAUGCUGUGCACAAGAUGCCGUCGCCGGCAAACGCGGAGCCCGUGCCGAGCAGGAGGCAGGCAGUCGAGGAGGACGACGAAGAGGCGGAGCUCAGGAAGCUGCAAGCCGAGAUGGCCAUGUGA